AUAAAACUAUUUUACGCCUGCUCAGCCUCAACAUGUGUGGUGCUGAUUCUUCUCCUACUUCUAUAUCCCGUUAUUUUGAGCUUUAUCCGUUCCAAAAGCCCAAAAUUCGAAAUCUAUUAUCAUUCCGUAAUCGCACUUGGACUAUCCUUUUAUAUUAGUAUAAUACUGCUUCUUUUAUCAUUAAUCCUGCCAAUUAACAUGACCGUAACUAUUUUACCAUGAACAAACACUGACGUAUUUGAUAUAGAUAUUUCUCUGCAAUUCGAUUUAUAUUCAGUAAUGUUCAUACCCGUCGCCCUCUAUGUAACUUGACAAAUUUUAGAAUUCGCAUAUACAUACAUACAUGCAGACCCCCAAAUUAACCGAUUUUUCAAAUACCUUUUAAUCUUCAUAACUGCCAUAAUCAUCUUUGUAACAGCCAACAACCUACUUCAACUCUUUAUUGGCUGAGAAAUUAUAGGCAUUAUAUCAUUCCUCCUCAUUGGGUGAUGACAUGGCCGAGCAGAUGCAAACAUCGCCGCUUUACAAGCAAUAAUUUAUAAUCGAGUGGGAGACAUCGGACUAAUUUAUGCCAUAGCAUGAUUUGCUAUUAUUCAUAACUCAUGAGAUAUUCAACAUAUUUUUCAACUCCCCCAAAAUGAAAAAAUUAACCUCCCAUUAAUUGCUUUAAUUAUUGCUGCUACUGGUAAAUCAGCUCAGUUUAGCUUACACCCCUGGUUACCUUCAGCAAUAGAAGGCCCUACCCCCGUCUCUGCUUUACUGCACUCAAGCACUAUAGUUGUUGCUGGGAUUUUCCUAUUAGUACGCAUAAACCCUCUCAUAGAAUUUAACCCCACUAUUUUAACCAUUUGCUUAUGUCUAGGUGCCUUAACUACUUUCUUUAGCGCCCUCUGCGCUUUAACACAAAACGACAUUAAAAAAAUUGUAGCAUUCUCUACAUCAAGCCAACUAGGUUUAAUAAUGGUAGCUAUUGGUUUAAACCAACCAGACCUAGCAUUCUUACAUAUUUGUACACACGCUUUCUUUAAAGCAUUACUAUUCCUUUGCUCAGGCUCAUUUAUCCACAGCCUAAACGGAGAACAAGAUAUCCGAAAAAUAGGGGGAAUAUUAUAUCUUAUGCCCAUUACCUCUUCUUGUUUUACCCUAAGCAUUCUUUCUUUAAUGGGUGUUCCUUUCAUAACCGGCUUUUUUUCUAAAGAUACCAUCCUCGAAGCAAUAUCCGCAUCAUACGUAAACAUCUGAGCCAUUACUUUGACUCUUAUGGCCACUUCUUUCACAGCUGUAUAUAGCCUUCGGCUAAUCUUUUUUGUACUAAUAGGACGCCCACGAACUAAGCCUGUAUCCACUAUAAAUGAACACGACCCAUACGCAAUUAAACCGUUAGUACGAUUAGCCGUAGCUAGUAUUAUCACGGGAUGCCUACUAGUUCAUUAUAUAGUACCUCCAAAAAUACCGGUCAUUACAAUACCACCAAUUUUAAAACUAGCCGCUUUAAUUGUAUCCCUAAUUGGAUUUGUAAUUGCCUUAGGCCUUGCUUUUAUAGCCAACAAACAAUUAAAACCAAAACCCCCAUCAGGCCCCCACCACUUUUCAAACAUAUUAGGGUUUUUUCCAACAAUUAUUCACCGAUUUAUCCCCAAAAUUAUCUUAACCAUAGCCCAAAAAAUUGCCAGUAAAAUAAUCGACCAAACUUGGUUGAAAAAAACGGGACCCAAAGCAGCUUCGAACAUUAACAAACCGCUCGCCACUACAACCAGCAAUGUUCAACGAGGUAUAAUCAAACCGUACAUUACUUUAUUUUUACUCACAUUAACUAUUGCUGGCAUUUUAGUUUACUUCACUAUUUUUUAA